AUGGCAGACGACGAGCCAUCUUACAUUGACUACGAGGCCUUCCUCGACCCGUCUUUCUCGACGACAGGGUUCGCCAACAAUCUCGUGCUCGCGACAAACAAUCCCUCCGACACACCGCUGGACCUCUCCACCCCGCUCUCGCGUGUCCUCUUCGAUGUGCAGGAGAUUGAUACACAUAUUGACACGCUAACUACCAAGUCGGCUCUGCCACUGCUCGAAUAUACGAAGGACCAUGCGGAGUCGGGAGAACGGAUACUAGGGGAGGUAGAGGUGCAGGUUGCGAGCUUGACGGAAGGAUACAAGACGCUGGAGAAAGAGGUCAUUGAGCGCUAUGAAGCUGCGGAGCAGGUGCGCCUUGCAGCGGAGCGGCUCUGUCAGACAGUCAAGAUCGGACGUGCUGUCGCACGCUGUCUGAUGUUGGGUCGUCAGCUAGAGGCCCAGCUGGUCGAGAUUGGCGGACCUGGCGCCAUUCUGGGGAAGAAGGAGGAUCACAGAGCAAUGGUCCGGUCGUCCAACACACUCGUUGCACUGCGGCAAGUGUUGCUAGCGUCCAGGCCAGGUGAGGAGGGCGAAGGGCUUGAGCGUGUCAAUGUCAUCACCACGCUAAAGAGCGACCUGCUGGGCCCGGCAGAGCGUACGCUAGUCUCCCGCUCGCAACAAAUAAUCAGGGAGUUUUCCAUGUCCUCGCUCCUUGCGUCCAAUGGCAGUUCGCAGCAGCCCAGCGCUGCGUCGACAUAUGCGCAAACCGAAGACACCAAGUCCCGUACUACAUCGGCCCUCCUGACCCUCUACCUUUUGUCACCAGCAUUGAGAAACGCAACUACAGCUACGUUUGAGCCGGCCCUCCUGGUCAGCGCUUUGCAAGAGUACCUGCAAACAGCCCUCAAGUCGUCUCUUGCGGCGCUUGCGCGGGCACUGGCAACGCUGCCGACGCUUGAACGGACGCUGCUAGAGAUAUCGGCGAGGUGUCAGAACAUUGUUGCUUUGGAGACGCUCUUGGAAUCCGUCAAGCCUCCGGCCCAUCCGCUGGUCAGUAGUCCGGGGCCAGAGAAGACGGCAAGGCCGAGAAGCGCGUCACGGCUCCCUCCACACAACUUUUUGCAGCCAUUGCUGUACUCGCUGGACACGUCCUCGCUGGCGUCGUACUUCUGGCGAUCUCUUGCGUCUGCACUGUCACCGCGGGUUCAGGAGAUCCUGAACCGCGGCGGUGUGUCAGCCAGGACGCUGCGCAGCAACAGGGACAGGGUCAGGGACGCGAUCCGAGAGUGCGUAAACCGCGGCUCCCAGCUCCCGGCAAGCGCGUUGAGUCGGAGCAAGGGGACGGCAACAGGCAAUUGGGAGCGCGAGGCAGCGGUCAUGGUCGGGUCUGUUAUUGGAGUUUUGGGGAGGUGA